UUCUUUGAUUGGAUUAUCUGUUUACUUAGCCAGAUGCAGCAAUCGCUAUCCUCCGUGAAUAAUCGUGAAGAUGAAAGCACGCUUGCGCGCUCGCGUGUCACGGAAGAGUCACACGCGUGAGAGGUUUAAAAUUAGACUCCACUCUCCUAUAUUUACCCAAACACCAAUUCAGCGACAUUGUAUAGGAAAUACGCGUUCGGCUUCGGCCAACUGAAAAUGUUUGGUUCACCAUAUUCAUAUGCCCAGAUAUUAAUUAGGCUCUCUCGCUCUUCGUUCACACAAAAGCUGGGGAAAGCAUUGUCCGAGAAUUUUCACACGCAUACGCGAACGGCGACCUUUUCCUAGUGCAAUUUCCACGAAUUUCCAGAUAUCUAAACCUUUCGGGUCAAAUUAGUGCUUUGUUGUGUUUUGAUUUGAACCGCGAUGGAUCUCUCCAGUGAUGUUUGGAAUCAAGUCGCUUUGGAAGCCUCUCAGCUCUAUUUCACCGAGGACGGCAAAAGUCCCUUCGCCAAUACGUCGAUCGAGAAACUCCCGGAUAAGGUCAUCUUGCACAUUUUCUCAUAUCUGAGCCACUUGGAAAUAUGUCGCAUGGCAAUAGUGUGUCGUCGUUGGCGUACCAUAGCUUACGAUACCAAGCUGUGGAAGAACGUUUCCCUUCGACCUGAGGUGUCCGGACUACACGUGGGAUCCUUGGAACAAUUGCUGCAGAUGGUCGCAGUGCGUUUCAGUGCAUCGCUGAGAUACAUCGAGCUGCCAAUCGAGCUGAUUACCCACACUGUGCUGCACGAAUUGGCCAGCAAAUGUCCUAACCUGACGCAUAUGCUGCUGGAUUUCUCCACUGCUAUGCAACUUCACGAUUUUAGCGAAAUGCAGGCAUUUCCAGCGAAACUCCGCUACAUGUGCAUCUGUCUGUCGGAGGUAAUCUUCAUGGAAGGUUUCAUGCGCAAAAUCUACAACUUUAUCAACGGCCUCGAAGUACUGCAUUUGAUUGGAACUUACGAGAAAUGCGAAGAGGAGGAAGAAGAAAUUUACGAAGUUAUCAACGUCCACAAGCUCAAAUCAGCAACACCGAAUCUCCGUGUGAUCAACCUGUACGGUAUCAAUUUUAUCGAUGAUUCGCAUAUUGAUGCCUUCAGCUCCAACUGUAUUCAACUGGAGUGUCUGGCUGUUAACUACUGCAGCAAAGUAACUGGCUCGACUUUGAAGCCACUGCUCGCCCGUUCUAAGCAGCUGAAGUGUUUGUUGAUGAACGGUACCGACCUUAAGUCAGAGUACGUAAUGCAAGCCGAAUGGGACAAGUGCUCCGUUCAAGAGCUGGACAUAUCGGGGACCGAUCUUUCCACAGAAUGUCUCAUUGACGUGCUGACUCGUAUUCCCACUCUGCGCUUCUUGAGUGCUGGGCAAAUUAAUGGUUUCAACGAUUCGGUGCUUAAAGCAUGGGCCGAGGGUGGAAACCCAAAAUCCUUAGUCGCUCUAGAUAUCGAUUCAUCUGAUAACAUUUCCGAUGAGGCAUUGGGAAGAUUCAUCACCCGCUAUGGUGCCCAGUUGCAUGCGUGUGUCCUUUCCGGGAUGACGCACAUCACUGAUCAGUUGUGGAUGACUAUUCUGCCCAUCUUGGUGAAUGUGAAAAUCAUCGUGAUGGGAACAACUGAGAGAUUGGGCGGUAACAUUCACGUCGAUCAACUGAUGGAUACGAUUGGAACAUCUUGUCCAGCACUGGAGCGGCUGGAGCUGCGAUGGGAUCCGGAGAAUUUACGUUUCUCUGAUAAGAGCCAGAAGGCUAUUGACAUGCUUCGAGUGAAAUGUUUGAAAUUGAGAUGCUUGGUCUUAAGCGAUGGACGCUACUAUGAAACUGUUAAAGCUAAUUUCGAGCGCGCGGAUCGUACGACUGUGGUGCGAACCACAACCAGCUGUCGUGUAUCAGCAUAUCAUGUGCUCAGCAACUACAACGAUUUGAUUUUCAACUAAAAUUAUGCAAUAAAUCAUAAUAAUUGUUGGUUUUAGUACACGAUUAUAGUGGGGUGUAUAAUCAAUUUGAUUUAAAUAUUAUUGGAAACUUUGCUAAAGGGGAAUAUGAAACGAACUAUAAAAACUAAAACUAUUUGUUAGAUGCAACACGAAUAAGAAGGAGGUAAUUUUGAACAUCUAAAUAAAAAGGGAAUGUUAAUACAAUAUCACUAUAUGAAA